GAUUUCCUUUUUGUUUUUGUACAGUUUACCGAGGCAGUGAGCCACCGCUGACGGAUUGCCAUGGCCAAACCCCACCGCUGCUUCUCCCCGUACCUCGCCGGCGUCGCUGCCACCUUCCUCCUCCCCGUCCUCUACGCGCCACUCGCCGCCGCCGAUGACGAGCCGCCUCCGUGGCCGAUCUGCGGGCCCUAUCCACCGAGCGGCAACUACACGCACAACAGCACCUACCAGGCCAACAUCGAUCUUCUCUCCGCCACCCUCCCCAGGAACGCCUCCUUGUCUCCCGCGCUCUACGCCACCGGAGACGUCGGCGACGUGCCGGACAUCGUCUACGGCCAGGCGCUCUGCCGCGGCGACGUCGCCAACGCCUCCGCCUGCGAGGCCUGCGUCGCGGCCGCCUUCCGCGGCGCGCAGCGGGCGUGCCCGCUCUACAAGGACGUCAUCAUCUUCUACGACCUCUGCCAGCUCCGCUUCUCCAACCGCAACUUUCUCCUCGACGACGACUACAUCGUCACCACCUACACGCUCCUGCGCUCCCGGGUCGUGGCCACGCCGGCGUUCGACGCCGCCGUCGGACUGCUCGUCAACGCCACCGCGGACCACGCGGUGGAGGACUCCUCCAGGCGGUUCGGCACGGGGGAAGAGGGCUUCGGCGACAGGAGAAACCCCAAGAUUUACGCGCUGACGCAGUGCGCGCCGGAAAAGACGGCGGACGUCUGCCGGAGCUGCCUCGGCGUCAUAAUUGGGCAGCUGCCCAACUCGUUCAGAGGCAGGACAGGCGGGGGGAUGUUCGGGGUGUGGUGCAACUUCCGGUACGAGGUGUACCCUUUCUUCUCCGGCCGUCCGCUAGUGCAACUUCCGCAGUUCGUACAGAGGCCGCCUGCUUCCGCGCCACCGGUGACCGGAGGAGAAGAGAAAAAGAGAAAUAGUGCAGGUAAAGUUCUAGCUAUUCUGAUGCCUACAAUUGCUGUCAUAUUGGCCAUCCCUGUUGUGUACUUUUUCUGUUGGAGGAAGAGAAGACCAGAAGAAGUGUAUCUACCUUCUACCUCAGAUGAUAUUCAACACAUCGAUUCGCUUCUUCUCGAUCUAGCAACACUGAGAAUUGCCACCGAUGACUUUGACAACAGCAAAAUGCUUGGUAAAGGAGGAUUUGGUAUGGUUUAUAAGGGAGUCCUACCUGACGGUGAAGAAAUAGCCGUGAAAAGGCUUGGUCAGACUUCCAGACAAGGAAUAGGAGAGCUGAAAAGUGAACUGGUUCUAGUUGCCAAGCUUCACCACAAGAAUCUUGUGAGACUUGUUGGCGUUUGCUUGGAAGAACAAGAGAAAAUACUUGUUUAUGAAUACAUGCCCAACAGAAGCCUUGAUAUGAUUCUUUUUGAUUCUGAAAGAAACAAAGAGCUGGACUGGGGAAAGAGGUUCAAGAUAAUCAAUGGAAUCGCUCGAGGCUUGCAAUACCUCCACGAAGAUUCUCAAUUGAAGAUAGUUCACCGAGACCUCAAAGCGAGCAAUAUACUACUGGAUGUCGAUUACAAUCCUAAGAUUUCUGACUUCGGCUUAGCGAAGAUAUUCGGAGGUGAUCAAUCAGAAGAUGUGACUCGUCGUAUCGCCGGCACAUACGGAUACAUGGCACCGGAGUACGCCAUGCGCGGUCAGUAUUCCGUCAAGUCGGACGUGUUCAGCUUCGGCGUCUUGGUCCUGGAGAUCAUCACAGGGAGAAGAAACAGUGGCUCAUAUAACACUGAGCAAGACGUGGAUGUCCUGAAUCUUGUAUGGGAGCACUGGACCCGGGGAAACGUCGUCGAGUUGAUGGAUCCAUCCCUGAGCAACCAUCCUCCCGUCGACCAGGUGCUCAAGUGCAUCCACGUCGGGCUCCUGUGCGUGCAGAGGAAACCGGCGAGCAGGCCGACGAUGUCGUCGGUGAAUAUCAUGUUCAGCAGCCACACCGUCCGUCUCCCUUCUCUGUCCAGGCCGGCAUUCUGCAUCCAGGAGGUCAGUGUCAGUGAAACCUCGACUGCCUAUUCAGAAGCAUAUCCGCUCACGGAAAAUUCAACUGUGAUGUCUUCGAAUCAAGUGUCCAUCACGGAGCUUUCGCCAAGAUGAGUCCUGAAGCAACCGUGUAUAGUUUUCUUACGGGAUAGUAUCUUAAUGAUCUUGGAGGAGGAAGAGGCCCUGCUGUAGUGCUGUAUCGGUGUCUAUUACUGAACCUUUGCACUGUGGAUGUAAGUAGAACUGCUAAGAUGCUAUUAAUAGUGAUUGCAACUGGCAAGAGUGGGCAACAGAAGUCAUGGUAAAGCUCACGUAUAGCGUGAUAGAUUAUAAAGAAUGCCAUUUUUGCUGUUCAACUAAAUUAUUCCCCGUGCCUUACAACGGGAUAUACAUAUUCUAGUACUGUAGUC